AUGGAACACUGCUGCAAAUACAUCGCAAGCUUCUCCUCCCAAGCACCAAAAGGGAUCGAAUCUACCAUCGCCGAGCAUAAGGUGUACAUAACAUCCCCAGAUCACUCACAGAACGAUAUCGUAGUUGUAAUCAUCCCUGAUAUUUUUGGAUGGUCACUCACAAACACCCGCGUUCUCGCUGACGCUUACGCUGCACAAGCAGGCGUGCGUGUAUACGUCCCAGACUUCUACGCCGGCGACCAUGCACCAUUCGACAAGACCGCACUGAAGAAUUUCGACCUCAAUCAGUUCAUCAGCAAGCACCCCCCACGCGAGAAGCGCGACGAGGUGGAGCACGUAGCUAAAGCCAUCAAAGAGUCCUCGAAAGCACACCGCUUGGCAGCUAUCGGGUUCUGCUGGGGUGCCCCCUCUGCCCUCUACAUGGGUCGUCAAGGAGGAGUGGCUGAUGGCGUGUCUUUCGCCCACCCUUCGCUCGUUCAAGAUGAUGAUUUUAGCGCUCUCGCCAAGCCUGCCAUGUUCAUCUGCGCGGAGCAUGACCCCAUUUUCACAAAGGAGAUGGAAAACAAGGCGAGAAGUAUCAUGGCAGACAAGGCAAAUACACAGGGUGAUAACAGAGUUUACUCCACUUGGCACACCUUCCUCGGUACUCAGCACCACUUUGCCACUCGUGGCGAUGAAGACGAUCCUUACACCGCUCGCGCUAUGAAAGACGCCCAAUGCCUCGCUAGCAACUUCUUCAAGAGCUUUCGCGGGGAUUAG